ACCCCUUCUUGAAGUUCCCUUUUAUUCCACCAUCACUCCCAUCCCCCUCACCCCUUUUUAUUAUAAUCUCACUCUCUCUCAUUUCCUCCCGCCCCUCACUCUCUCUGAGAUUAAACUGCGAAAUUUUACAAACCCUGUUUGAGAUUUUGGGUUGAAAGAGCGAUCCCUGAAUAUGGGUCAGAUCCAAUACUCCGAGAAGUACUUCGAUGAUAUUUACGAGUACAGGCAUGUGGUUCUUCCUCAGGAAGUGGCUAAACUGCUCCCAAAAAAUCGGCUUCUCUCUGAAAAUGAAUGGCGCGCCAUUGGAGUUCAGCAGAGCCGUGGCUGGGUUCACUAUGCAAUUCAUCGCCCAGAGCCCCACAUCAUGCUCUUCAGGAGGCCACUGAACUAUCAGCAACAGCAGGAGAAUCAAGCCCAGCAGGUGCUUGCAAAGUGAUUGUUGUGUUCAAUUUCACCUUGUAAUCUCUAGAACUGAAAUGUUAGAUAAACAGGUUUAUGGUUUGUUCAAAAGUAAUUUGGAUGUUUGGGUCUUGGCACUGUAGGGUAAUUCUCUCAUUUGGAGAAUUGUGAGGCGUAGUGACUAUUAUUAUUGUAAUCUGUGUUAUUGUUGAUGACUUUUAUAACGUACAUGGUUGUUUACCUCUGGUUUACUGCUUUUCUUGUGUGGAUUUAGAACAAGUGGUGAGCUUGAAUGAUGAUGUUCUGA